AUGUUAAAAAUGAAUAAGGUAACUUUCUUUUAUUUAAAAAUAUUAUAAUAUAAUUUCUUUAUUUUAUUAAAUUAAAUUAUAAUAAAGUUAAAAUUGAUGAGAAAUUUAUAUAGAUAAAAUAAUAAAUUGAAUAUAAUUAAUAAAUAAAUAAUCUUUAAAACAACUAGAAUGAUGAAAACUAAAUUUGUCUAAAUAAUUUAAUUUAAUAUUUAUAGGAGUUUGAAUAUAUAAAACAUUAAUUUUAAAAUAAACUACAUUAAAUUGGAUUAAUUAAAUUUAGAUAAAGAAUAAUCUUUAUAAUAAGAGCUUAAUACAUUAAUUUUAAAACUUGAUGAAAAAGAACAAGAGAUAGAAUAAUAAUAUAACUUUUAUGAUUAAUAACAAUAACAUUUAAAUGAAUAAUCAUAAUAAAAUAAACUAGAAAUAGCAGAAUUAAAGCUAUUGAUUAAUAAUAAUUAACAUAAUCAUUAAGAGAGAAUAGAAAGAUAUGAAAUACAAUUACUAUAAAAUAACGAAAACCAACAACAAAUAUAAAUAUAAAAUAUAGAAUUAUAAAGCUUAGUAGAAGAAUAGAAAUAACAAAUUUAAUAACUAGAAAAUCACAAUGAAAAAUUAGAUUCUUCAUGUUAAAAUUAUAUUCAUUAAUUAGAACUAAAAACUAAAUAAGAAAGCAAUUUAUAAUUUGACUUAAAAAAUAAAUAAAAUUAAAUUUUGGAAAUUGAAGCAUAAAUAAACUUCUUAAGACUCCAAGAAGAACAUAAUAAUAAAAUCAUUAAUUAAAAAAAUAAUGAAAUACAAUACUUAAAUUCUAAACUAGAAAAAGAAUCUUAUUAUUAUAUGGAAUAAUUAAAUCUUAAAAAUGAAAAUGAAGAAAAAAAUAACCUUAAUACAAUUAAAUUAAAAGAAGUUUAUUUUUAUAUAUAUUUUAAUGAAAAUGCAAUAAAAAAACUAGAAGAAAAAAUAUUAAACAUAACAGAAUAGUUUAAUAAAUAUAAAAAUAUAGCAGAAAGUAAAAUAACAGAUAUACUAUAAAAAAUUUCAUAUGGUUAGACUACUUCAUAAAUAAUGAAAGACAUUUCAAAUUAAUUAGAAUUAACUAAAAAAAAUGAAGAUUUAACAGAAACUUUAAAAUAAAAAGAAUACUAAGAAAAGGAAUUUUAUUAAGCAAUAAAAGUUUAUUUACAAGAAAGUAAAAAGAAUUCUUUGAUAAAUAAUAAUAUAUUGAUUAACUAAAUUCAUAAAAUGAUGUUAAUAUUAUUAAAAAUAUUUUCAAAAAUAUUCUUAAGAACAUAAAUGAUAAAGAAAGAGAACUUUAAUUUUAAGUUUAUUAAUUAAAAGAAAAAAAGCUAGCUUUAAAUAUUACUAAUCUAAAUGCUAAGAACUUGA